CGCGGACGAGGGGAACCGAUGGCGACCGACGUGCAAGCGCUGUUUGUGGAGCUUCAAACGCAGCUCCAGCGCGAGAACUACCAGAAGGCGAUUGACACGUGCAACAAGAUUCGAGCGAAGGCGCCAAACGACACGGACGCGAUCCGCGUGAAGGCGCAAUGCUUGCUUCGCACGGGAAAGUUUGACAAAGCGUUGGAAAUCGCCCAGAACGUCAAAGGACUCGAGCUUGAACGGGCGUAUUGCCACUACAAGCUGAAGCAAGUGGAAAAGGCAUUAGAAGUUUUGUCUGAUAUGGCUGAGCCCAAGUCGAAGUCAGCGCUGCAUUUGGAAGCGCAGGCGCACUACCGCCUCAACAACUUCAAUGCGGCCAUUCGCAUAUACGAAGCUUUGCUAAGCAAUGCCCAUGCGUCAGAUGAUACGGUCGAACUCAAGACGAAUCUCAUUGCCGCCUACGUCGCUGCCGGACGUGGCGCGGAGCUUCAGGCUCGUGGGCUGGAGACCGAAGACAGCUACGAGAUCGCGUUUAACAAGUCCCUCGUGGCUCUGCAAGCUGGCGACGUGGUUGCCGCAGGCGACCAACUCCGUCACGCCGACCAACUGUGCCGCGACUCGUUGAAGGCUGAGGGUUACUCGUCGGCUGAAAUUGAACAAGAGGCAGCGGUCAUCCGAGUCCAAGAGGCGUAUGUGGCCCAAAUCACGGGCGGCGAGGACCGUGCUUUGGAGACAUUUCGUCAAGUGGCCAAGUCUUCAGCGGAUACCGGACUCGUAGCCGUAGCACAAAACAACAUCGCGACAAUCCAGCGAUCCAAGGACUUGUUCGACUCGCUCAAGCGCCUCCGAAGCGUCACCAACGACACGCUUCGUGAAAAGUGCUCGUCUGCGCAGCAUCAAGUGAUCCUGGCGAACACGGCUCUGGUUCUCGCGCUCAUGCACAAGUAUGACGAAGCCCGGGACGCCGUGGACGCCCUUGCCCAGCUCUUUCCCGACUCGGCCUACCUCCCACCCCUCCAGCUGCAUCUGGCGCUUGCUGAAGAAGAUCCGAGUGCGCUUCCAUCGUUGGUCGAGACGUUGAAGGGCAGCAAGACGUCGUCUGGACUGCUGGCUUUGGCUCAUCUCCACUGCCGCCUCGGCCACCCCGGCAAAGCCGCCGACGCCCUUCGCCUGAUCCCCGAGAUCCAGCACACCCCCGGAACGGUUGCAACGCUCGUCGCUCUCUACGACGCUGCUCUGGAUGCCAAGUCCAGCGCCGCUAUCGUCGAUGCGGCUGUGAACCACUCGUCUUCCGCCGUGCUCCUCGAAGGCGACGGCAUCGCGAAGCUUCGUCAAGGCCAGUACGCCGAGGCUGCAGCGGCCUUUGCGCGGCUCUUGGACUUGAGCGAUGUCGAACCAGAGCGUCGCGUUCGCUGUCUCGCCUACUGCGUUGUUGCGCUGUCGUAUGUGGACCCGUCCGGCGCCUCCACUCGGGCGGCCACUCUUCCCGCCAUCCAGUCCAGCAACCUCUCUGUGGAGGACCUUGUCCGACGCGCUCCGCGCCCUCGAGCUCCUGCUGUGGUCACGGCCCUGGCACCCAAAGAGUAUGAAAUCCAGUUGGAUGAUAGUCCUGAUGAGUUCGAGUAGGAAGGCAAAGAAAAAGGAGAACCGCGAACGUGUACUGCGCAAGCGCGCCAAGCGCAAGGCUCAGUUCAUCGCGUCUUUGAAGGCCAAGCCGGACUACAACCCGCUCAUUGGGCUCGUGAACCCGGAUCCGGAGCGGUGGAUCCCGCGCAAGCAGCGCAGUCGCCGCGGCCGCAAGAACCGAGGCAAGUUUGUGGGUGCUCAGGGAUCGGGCAUGGGCGCUCAAAAGGACGCGCUCAAGUUGGACGCCGCGGCGCGGGCGGCAGCCAAGAAGGCUGCUCCUGCCGUGGAGAAAGGCGUUCUCGUGACGGACGGACCGUCGAUGAAUCGUAAAGCUCGGAAGCGUCGUUAGGUCUGACUGAAAGGGCCGCCUCUGCCGCUCCUUAAUCAAGAGAGUGAGAGUAUGCUGCAGUUAGGAUUACACCGUGGUGAAUCGAGGCGCCUUGUCGCGGAGAUAAAACAACUUCGCCCGUCGAACCUUCUUUUGCCCGUUCGAGAUGAACUUUUCCUUGAUCAUCUUGACAGACAUCAAGAGCGGAGAGUGCUUGAAGAUCUUCUGUUCGUAGCCGCAUUCGGCGAUGUGGUUUCGAAUCGUGAACGAGCUCGCGAUGCCGCGGUUGCGUUCGGCAAUCACAACGCCCUUGAUGCGUUGAAUCUUUUGCGUCGUUUUAUUGAGCAUGAGUUCCACCUCGACGGCAUCUCCAGGUUUAAACUUGGCAAAGUUGUCGCCAAUGCGUUCCGUAGCCUUGGCAACUUCUUCUGCAUGGAGCUGUCUCAUGAGGUGACCUGCACGGCGCGAAGGGUGAUUCAAUUUGGUCUUGACUCCCGUCGAGAAAGCCCGCGUCGCCAGCGACUGAAGCAUGUUGGAGUUGGGACUCUUGGCAAAUGCGGCGGCGCGUCCGCCACUUGUAUGGAGGUGAU